UGAUGGUGGUGGGAGUAGUAGCAGCGGUGCUGGUGGUGCUGGGCGUGAUGGUGGCAGUGGCAGCAUGUCCCAGCGACUGGGAAGAGGAGGCAGAGGAGGGGGAAGAGGAGGAGAAGGAGGAGGAGGAGGAGGAGGAGGAGGAGGAGGAGGAGGAGGAGGAGGAGGAGGAGGAGGAGGAGGAGGAGGAGGAGGAGGAGGAGGAGGAGGGGAAGGGGGAGGAGGGGGAGGGGGAGGGGGAGGAGAGCAUGGCGGCAUGUCGCAGUGACUGGUAGUACACGUAGUUACACACGAAGCGGCCG